AUGGGCGACAUCGUCCGUCCGCUCUUUUGCCGCACCCGCGCUGCAAGAAACCCGUCGUCUCAAUCUGGAAUCUUGCCAACACGGGCCAGGUCGCGCCAUGCUGGGCUGGAUGGGCUGGGUUUCCAGGGCCAUUCAUGGCACAUUGGCACCAGGCACACAACAUUAGCCACUUCAGCCGAACAUCUUAAGCCCAUGGGCCCGGGUGUUAUAGCUAUUACCAUCGUCCGAUCAGAUGCAAGUGGCUCCCCUCCUCCCCUCGGUCACCAGAGCUGGCAGAGCAUCGCUGCUGUUGCUGCUGCUGCUGCUGGACCCCCCCCCGGUCCAAACCCGUUAUCCACAUCCAAAUCCACACCCAAUACCCACGUCCGUCCGCCUUCUCACCCGCCACACACAAGCCGGGGCCUAGGGCCUGUCGGUAGCAGCAGCAGCAGCAGCAGCAGCAACGGCGGAGGCGGCGAAGGGCAAGCUCGAUACCAUGGCAUGCCUACCCGCCUGGCAUGGCAUGGCAUGGCACAUGAGCUGCUGCUGCGGCUUUUCUCUCGAGUCGGCGAGAGCCUUAAACCAUGCAUCGGGUCCCCCUCCCCCUUCGACAUUUCCUUCUCCACUGCGACUGUACAGAGUACCUCAGUCCGAAUACCUACCUACUGUACCCCCCCCCCCCCCCCCCCCCCCCUAAUCCAGCUCGUCUUCCUCGACACCACCGUUCAGGUACUGGGUACCCUCGACCCUCUCUCGUUGGGCGAGCGAGAGCCGUUGUCCCCAUCGUGGGCGCCGCUGCCCGUCCUGGUCCUGCCCCUGGCCCUGCACCUCUUCCUCCUCCUCCUAACGUCCGUCCAGUCCAGUCCGGAUCCAGCCUCGACAUUUCUCCGUGUGCAUGGCACGUACCCUUCGGUAUUAAUUCCACCUCUGCCAAACCAAGGAGCAAGGGUUUCCCGACCAGGAUGGCUUAUUACAACCACGGGUAUCCUUCAGACUCGCCAUACACUACGAUACAUGACGGGGGCCUGUCAGUUCCAGGCCCAGCAACGCCUCCCAGUCGAUCGACCCCGCCAUACUAUCAGCCGGCACACCCUCAAAUUUAUACAAUAUAUGAUCGAUCCUGCCUCGUGGGACCUGGGGUAG